AUGCUCCAACGCAUGAAGUCGCUCGCCGAGGAGGACCACCCUGGGCUAGACUUUAUACGUCUUGCACAGGACAUUUUCGCGGUCAACGGCCCAACUGAUAUUUCGCCGCAGAACAUUCUGAUGGACAUUGGCGAUGACACUACUAGUCUUAAGGAUGUUGAGUACCAAGAAGCACAGGACCCAAGUGUGCCGAUAAUCACCAAAGACGGUAACGGGAUUGUUUCAAGUAUCGUCUACAAGUCUAGGCCUACGUUACCUGAAUUCUCUGGUCACCCUAUUCUAACCGAUUUUGGCCAAAUGCGGCAGUUUGAAGGAUGCGGGAAUUCAGACUGGUGGAUGCCCGAUCUGUACCGCGCCCCAGAAGUUCUUUUAGGGCUACCGUGGAGUUUCCCGGUUGACAUCUGGUCCAUUGGUGUUAUGACGCUAGAGCUGAUGGAAGGCAAAAACCUCUUCGACCCGGUAGACCGUGUGAACAGGCAGUACGUGCUUCCGCUGGCUAUGGCACAGUACAUAGGCUAUCUCGGCCUUCCUCCACGGGAAAUGGUUGAGCAGAGUCCGCUCUUCUCGACCUACUUUGAUGCAGAUGGAAAUUAUAUAGGUGAAGCCCCAAUACCAAAAACCAGCUUUGAGGAAUUCGUAACGACGAUACCGCCAGGAAAAGAGAAAGACAUGUUUCUCCGGUUUAUACGAAAGGCGUUGACAUGGGAUCAGGAUGCGAGGAAGACCUCUUUCGAACUGAUCACAGAUGAAUGGCUGACGCUCCCUCCCGAAGAGAUACAAGGUGGAAUAGGAAUCUUUGGGUCAUCUUAA